CCAAUUCCCUUGCAGAAUCCAGGAGAUGCUUGGGCACGUCACUACUUGGCCCGCCCUCGAUCCCUUAAUAGCAGCACCCAACACGACCCUACUGCUUUGGAAUGCCGAACCAGCCAAGCGAUCCCCAGUGGAAAAGCAAACAACUUUUUCAUCUGCUGCCUGACCCUUAUUUUCAUUGUCCUUUUCUUUCGGGCCGCUGCCACCGCUGCCACCGCUGCGACUGCUACGAGACACGGCCCAACCCAUACAGGUCGGCUGUAACCUUUGAUCCCACCGUUUCCCGCUGCGCCUCUUCGGGAGGCCGGCUGGGUCCGCACGCGCGGGGAUGUCGGCAAGCCAAGAACGAGGCUCUCAUCGAGCAUGGAUGCAUCGAUUCCCAGAAAGCUUGUCUCCACGGUGGUCCUCCGGGGAAUCGGGACGCUGCCGCGGUAAGCACCUUUCCGCUUCCGGUCCCCACACUCCCUAUCCUGUGCUUUGGAUUGCGCCAGACUGGCUGUCGGUCAGUGCGGCGACAGGUCACACAGUUCUGUGAAAACGCCUCCUGGCGGUGAAUACGCAGUCAUGACAGCUCCCGGCUGUGUCUUUUGCUGGGUUUGCUAUCAAAGCUUCACAUUCACGCAUGGUGUGACAGGCAAGCCUAGC